CGUCACGUCGCCCACCGACGCCCAAAUCUUAAUUUAUUUUGUUUCCAUAGACGAUCGCGAUUUGGAACAGCGAGCGAGCGAUUGGGCGCCCCCAAAUUUAAUUCUUGGAGGCCGAGAAUUGGAAAGAAGCGUAAUUGGAAUCCCUCCAAUCCCCAAUGGCGGAGCUGGCCGCAACGAAGGCGGCGGCCGAGCAGGAUGCGAAGGCCAAGAAAGGCGGCGGCGGAAGAGGCAAAGGGCUCCUUCUUGGGCGAUUCGAAGUCGGGAAGCUCCUCGGCGCCGGCACCUUUGCCAAGGUCUAUGUCGCCCGCAACGUGCGGACCGACGAGCUCGUCGCCAUCAAAGCCCUCGACAAGGAAGCCAUCCUCAAGGGAGGCCUCGUGCCUCACAUCAAGCGUGAGAUCUCCAUCCUCCGCCGCGUGCGCCACCCCUACAUCGUCGAGCUGUUCGAGGUCAUGGCUACGAAGACUAAGAUUUACUUCGUCAUGGAGUACGUCCGCGGCGGCGAGCUCUUCUCCCGGGUCUCCAAGGGCCGCCUCCUUGAGGACACCGCCCGACGCUACUUCCAGCAGCUCAUCUCCGCCGUGGCCUUUUGCCACGCCCGCGGUGUCUACCACCGCGAUCUAAAGCCAGAGAACCUCCUUUUGGACGAGAAAGGUGACCUAAAGGUCUCCGACUUUGGGCUUUCCGCAGUCGCCAGCCAGAUUCGAAGCGACGGCCUUUUCCACACCUUCUGCGGAACCCCGGCAUACGUCGCGCCCGAGGUCCUCUCCCAGCGAGGCUAUGACGGCGCCAAAGUUGACAUUUGGUCUUGCGGCGUCAUUCUCUUCGUGCUCAUGGCCGGCCAUCUACCCUUUUACGACCGAAGCGUCGUGGCCAUGUAUCGCAAGAUCUAUAAGGGCGUAUUCAGGUGUCCCCGAUGGUUCUCGCAGGAACUCAUCGACCUCCUACACCGUCUUCUCGAUGUUAAUCCCCAAACUCGGAUCACCAUCCCCGAGAUAAUGGAGAAUCCCUGGUUCAAGAAAGGGUUCCGCCACAUUCGAUUCUAUAUUGAAGACAAUGAGCUGCAUAGCAUAACUGAACCAGAAGAUGACCAAUUGCGGAAUGUUGAUGAACCUAGUCGGGCGGAUGAGCCAUACGAAUCGGGGUCUGAGUCGGACUGCUCAGUUGCUUCCUGUCCAGCUACUUUCUCGGACGAUCUUCGUGAGCCGCUAGGGCUGCCGAGGCCGCCGAGCCUUACAGCCUUUGAUAUCAUAUCGUUUUCCAAGGGGUUUGACCUCUCCGGACUGUUUGAAGAAACUGGGGAUAUGACCAGGUUUCUUUCCAAGGAGCCUACGUCCACUAUUUUAUCCAAGCUAGAGGAGAUUGCGAAAGCUGCAAACUUUAAGGUAAGGAUGAAGGAUUGCAGAAUCUUCUUGGAAGGAACAAGGGAGGGGGAGAAGGGCCCGUUGACGAUUGGUGUGGAGAUAUAUGAGCUAACCCCUUCAAUGGUGGUGGUUGAAGUGAAAAAGAAAGCUGGGGAUGGAAAGGAGUACGAAGAAUUCUGCAUCAAUGAGCUGAAGACUGGCUUGAAAGAUCUAGUCUAUGAGUCACCACCCGUCGCAAAAGCCAGUACCAGCACUGGAUAGGCAAAUGUUUCUAUGUUUUUUGAUGGCUGAGCAUCAGAACAUCUUCUGUAAUGUUGGUAGGCUUUUUGAUAGAAGAGUACAAGCUGAAUUGAUAGGAGAGGUGGGUUAUAAUUUAUCUUCUUUCUUUAUUCAUGGCAUGCGUAUUGAAUACAUGAACUCGUGCACUAAAAAAAUGUGGAAAUUCUUAUUUAGGCUUUGGAGUCCAAAUCUCUUGUGCUUGAGAGGCAGUUGCCAAGUCAGUGUCAUGUUUAUUAAUACAAAUUCUAGCUGGGAAUGGAUAUAAAGGAUAACAAUGUUGCUAUCUCAUCUUAGCAAAAAACAACAUUAUUGUUUCAGAUUACAAUGUUUUAUUCUGAUUGUGUUUAAUGUCUUGUUCUCUCUUUUUCUUUUUUUAUUUGUUCUGUAGGAUUCUUGAUCUGAAAGCACCACUAUUUGUUAUGCCAAAAUUUUACUGGAGCGCCACCGACAUCACUGGUUUCUGAUUGUUACUUGGCGUGCAAAGCUUGUGUAGAUAUUGCUAAUUGUUCUUCAAAAGUCAAAACAAUGAUAUUCAAACCCCUACCUCUCAUUUUAUCAACAGCUACAAUACAAUAGUUGAGGAUGGUACUCUUUAUUGUGCAAUCUUUUAUCUUUCAAUUUUUGCAUUUGGCUCGAAUUGGAAUAAGCAUGAUUAACUUGAUGAAUCUGCUUGAAUCAUGAAGCCAACAAAGAGGUAGGACUCCCCUGUCAAAGCAUUUGCUGCAUUAUGUUUAGAUUGCAAGAGAUUGUUUGCAAUUUUCUUCAUUCUCAUUGCUCGUGAAGGAGCAAAUAGUCAUCGAGUUAACCUUUUCUCUAUGAUCAAACAGUCCUCAUCCAUUUCCCGGAUAUUUGCAUGAUUCAUGUAUAUUAUGAUGUAGGUCUGUAUGUUUUUUUGUGCGUUUGUUUGUUUAGACCUAGUAUGUAGUAGUGCCCGGAGUCAUGUAUAUCUGCUUUGUUAUA